AUGACAGAAAUUAGAAAGCUGGCCGACAACUUCCCCGAGGCCCCCGCGUAUCGUGAUGUCUUGGCUACCCUCGACUGGGACAACCUGGACAAGCCGAAUGAUGAUACUUUCAUUGAUGAGACUGUCACCGGUUUCGAAGCUCUGAAGGACCCGAACACAAACGUUCGCUCUUGGCUGGCCAGAUGGAGUGCUCUUGUCCAGGAAAGACUGAAGAGUUCCUCCGGAUCUGUGUCUGUGGGUGACGACCCGAGCAUGACCGCUCAGGGCGUGUUCAAGUAUCUCCUUUAUGGAGCUGAAGUGGCCGACGUUGACCUCGAGAUGGCGACCCUAGUAAGCGCGGCGGUAGCGACAUCGGCUGUGAAAAAGACCCUACGUCUUCAUCGGAUAGCUGGGUUAGGCUCAGCGAAGACGCACGAGGAUAGGGUGGUGUUUGUCUUAAAACGCCGUGAGGCUGCUGACAAGAAGAACGAGCGGCACGUUGAGGAUGUUCCAACCGAGAGACAAAAGUUGAGCAAGGUCAAGAACGACCCCCACAAGUUGCCCCUACAGGUGUCUUCGCCGUUUGAUGGUCCAUCAAACACCUUACCGUAUACGAUGUUCCGCACGGCACUGGUGACUGCCAUGAAAUUCUAUAAGCUAAACGAAGAUGAACUGGUGGUCUAUCUUUUCAGAAACCUGUCCCCUGGCCUUGGUUUGGACAUAAUUUUGACUGACGUCGGUGCAGCUGACGCCUCCUUGACAGCGAUUUGGUCCGCGUUGGAUAAGCGUUACUCUGCAUUAGACACACCCUCAGGAGUAGCCACGCGUUGGGAGCGCCUAUAUAUGCGAUCCGGUGAGAACGUAAACGAUUUCUGUCGUCGUCUACGCAGUGAGGCACAACUCUUCCGUACGGUCACUGGGAUGAUCCUAACCCCAGAGCUGAUUGCCGCCAGAUUCUUGGGAGGCCUAAGAAGAGAACUAAGAACCAGCCUGGAGAGUGUAUACAUGCAUCGGCUGAGCUCACUCACGUUGGAGGAGGUAAGAGAAGCAGCUAUCUACAUUGAGAACAAGGACCGUCGUGGCUCUGUGGACCAGAAUGUCACCCGGAAGGACCACCCUAAGAGCACCACAACACAGGAGCGGUGUGUGGAGACCCCAGGAACGGCGGCGGGUAAAUCCUCUAGUUCGUGCGGAUACUGCUCAGACCACAAGAUUAAGGGCGCGGUCAAACAUACGCGAGAAACCUGUUGGAAGGACCCUGCUAACUCUGCUAUCGUCCCGGCCUGGUAUAAGCCUCGGCUGAAGGCUAAGACAGACGGUGUCGAUGACAAAGGAGAUGGUAAAAUCUUCUUCUCGAAAGGCUCUAGUUUGCGUCAUCUGAAGGCCAUUGCCGGAGGCACCAAUAUCCGACUCGUGGUAGAUACUGGUGCAGACUACACGAUCAUGUCCCGACAAGCGGCCAAAAGGUGUCGAGUGUCACAUCGCGAGCCUUUGGAAGACCCUAUUGUUAUCGGCUCUCUCAGCUCUUCAGCAUCUUUACGUCUGUCUGAAAGAGGACGACUCACCGCGUCAGUUCAAGGAGAAUCAGGGAAUCGCAGCACGGUGACACUGCAUGUAUAUCUGGUUGACGGUGAGCUCUUACACGAGUCUCUCCGCGAGGCGACUGUCUUACUUGGUGUUGGCACUCUAACGCGCAUGCGGGCCAGUAUCGAUGUGGGGCGCGAUGCUCUGACUGCCCACGAGUUGGGUGUUGUAUGGCCGUUGUUCCCUACGGGUGAGGAUGCUCGUGAAAAUGAUAUGCCUGUUAGCGCUGCUCCCUGCUCGGACGAGGAGUCGACGAGAGCUGAUCACGAUAACACCGCGGGCUUAUCAAUUCCAGACAAUGAAACCAUCCGUGACAGGCUCAAAACCUGGAAAUGGCCCCAGGUCUAUGUUGAAAUGAAGGCUACGGCGGUCCUACCAGCCAGGAGAGAUCCCUACCCAUGUAAGGAUAUAGAGCGCAAGGCCAUGCAAAUGCUGGUUGCUCAACUGGAGCGAGAUGGUUUUGUCAAAACUGUCACACUCGACGAGGUCCGGAUGGGACAUAUCUGGGUGGUGCCAGCGUUUAUUGUAGAGAAAAACUCUGCAGAGCAACAACCCUCGAUUGGUGACUUGACGGAUGAGAACGUGCAGAAACACUUUCGUUUGGUGGUAGAUGAAAGGCCUAUCAAUGAGUGCUGCAAGCCCCUACCCUCGACUUGGGAAGGCUAUCAACUACCGUUGCUGCAGUGCGUCGAGUCCAUCGGCGCGAAUUCCUGGUUCGCCACGUUAGACAUAAAGAACGCUUACUUUUGCCUUGAAUACCAUCCCUCAGUUCAGCGCUAUUUUGCCUUCAGUUACUUCGACCAGAACAACGAGGUCCACUAUGCGUUACAUCGUCGUAUGAUAAUGGGAUGGACGCAUAGCGCUAGCUAUUGGUGCUACGCCCUUCGCCGGCUAUUGGAUACUGCUGUCCCUGAGUUAUUACCUUAUAUGGUUACCUAUAUGGAUGACUGUCUGCUCUGGCACCCCGUUCGGGCUCAAUGUGAAGCGAUGUUACAAGCUGUGAUCUUUGCCGUCCGAACUGCUGGGGCGGAGGUGCCACCCCAUAAGGUUAGAGGUCCUGAUAGGGAAGUAGAAUUUCUCGGUAUGUCCCUUGGGCCCGAUGGUUAUCGUGUGGCUGACCACACCUUGAAGGAUCUCCGGUUGGCCUUAUCGGACCGUCCACAAACCUUGCGUGGCUUGCGCGUAGAACUUGGCCUCAUGCAAUUUUGCAAGAGUUUAUGGUCACCCGUUACGGGGGGAGCCGCUGGCACGCUGACUCAUCUGACGCAGCCUUUGACGGCUCUGAUAGGCGAGAUGACCUCUACAGGAGUUCGCCCCAACGCUAGACUCCUUUGGACACCAGAGUUCGACCAAAUAUGGGCGAAGAUCCUUCGUACUAUGGUUCCUCAGACGAUCGGAUUUCAUACGGCAUCCACGGCGCAGGAGGACAUGCAGUUCGUUCUGUCUAGCGAUGCGAGUCCAAUAGCCGCCGCGGCUGUAUUGUAUGUUGGCAGUCGUCGGGAACUACUCACAGCCCUUGAUAAACCCUUGGAGGUCGACUCCGAGUGGCUGGGGAAUUGGGGACGAGUCAUCGGGAUUUGGACACAUCGAUGGUCUGAGGCGGAACGCCGGUAUGAUAUCAUUGACAAGGAGCUCUUUGGUCUGACGAAAUCCCUCCUUCAUUGGCGAUAUCGUAUCCUCGAGACCAUACUGAGGAUCCGGUUCAGUCGUCGUGGUUCGACGGAUGAUCACGAAAUUGGUAGGGUCUUAGCGUUGACGGACUCAAGUGCUGCCCUAGGUCGUUUCCUAGCUCGGAACUCAUAUGUUCUGAAGCCUCAGGGGAGCCGCGACAGACGAUGGCUUGGAUGGUUAGCAGAUCUUUCUGACUUCCCAGAAGUUGAUCUUACCGUUCGCCAUGUGAAUGGUCCUCGAAACCGGUUAUCCGAUAUCCUAUCUAGACUGCUACCCGGGGAAAACGCCAUCUUAUCGGAAGGUCAUUCUCGGCCACUUGCUCUGGCAGUGCCGAUUGUCUCCGAUGCAGAAGAAGGCGGGGGACGACAAGGUGGAGAGGACCUCAACCGGUUGUUGUCUUUUUUCGAUAAUGCUAACGACUUCAUCAUUGACAAGCAGAAGAUCGAUAACACUACUAAGGUGCACGGUGCGACCCUAGCCAAAUGGUGUUCAUAUUUCCUCCAUACUGAUGAUACUGCUGAUGAAGACCUCCCUUCAUCGGCCGUAGCCGAUGGCGAUUGGUUUAGUCCGGUGGGGACCGGGUCUGUUCGUUAUUCGUGA